CCCCCCUCCCCCCCCCCCCCCCACCCCCCCCCCCCCCCACCCCCCCCCCCCCCCCCUUCUUGCUGCCCCCACACAUUCCUCAGCACCCGACCCUCGAUUGCUGUCCCCACCACUUUGUCUUCUCACCCAUCCCUCCUCUCCCCAAGACCCCCUCCUUCUCCCCCUGCAACAAACUACCAACCCCUCUCCCCCUGCAGCAGCCCAACCAUCCCUCCCCCCCUGCAACAACCCAACCACCCCUCUCCCCCUGCCACAAACCACCGAUCCCUCUCCCCUGCCACAAACCCCACAUCCCUCUCCCCUUGCAACAAACCACCCAUCCCUCUACCCCUUUGCCACAAACCACCCACCCCACCCCCCCAAACCAUACGUUCCUCUCCAAUGCCCCCAUGCCCCCUCCCCCCCCCCCCUCCCCCUCCAACAACCCACCAAUCCCUCUCCCCCUGCCACCAACCACCCAUCCCCACCCCCCCCCCACAACCAACCCACCCCCCCCCCCCCCCCCCAAACCAUACGUUCCUCUCCGCUGCCCCCCCUCCCCCUCCCCCCCCCCCCAACCACCCACCCCCCCCCCCCCCCCCAAACCAUACCUGCCCAGACAGUUACUUGUACUUCACAAUCUCUCAAAGCCGGGCUCCAGAUGGUCCUAUGCGGUCUCGUGAGGUCAAAGUUCGCGACCAGAUCGCUUUGUCUGAUUAA